AUGCAUUCCCUGCUGCUGAAAGGUACCUGGAAGGUGGAGAAAACGGAUGACGACGAGCUUUUGGUGCUGGAGGGUGUUUCCAAGAAGCGCUCGUGCAGGAGACUCGGGGGCCCCGCGCUUGUGUGCAGCACGGAGUCACUGUCGCCAGAGCUGGAAGAAUCGAGCAAUGCUUUCCACAUGACUCUUUGGAAGUCCAACCUCCUGGAAUCCCAAGAGCCGGUGGGCAAGCGACCUUCUCCCCCACGAUGUUUCGGUAGAGCAGGUCCAAGCUGGAGGGUCUCCCCUUUGAAGUGA